CAGCGCGCGGUGGGAAAGGGGCGCGGUGCGCCCCGGAAGGGGAAGCGCUGGGUCACCGUGGUGCCACUUGGCCUCCGAGGCGGUGGCGGGGGGACGUGGGUAGCGCGCGCCGGUCCCGCAGCCUCCUUUCCGCCCCCAGCCCCCGCCUUGUCGCCGCCGGCGCGGUCCGCCUCAGGCCGCCCCUCCGCCCGGAGCCGCCUUGGCGCCGGCUGUUCCCCCCCGACUCCCCCUGGGGGUGGUGGGGUGCGGGGGAAGGUCCCGCCGCCUCAGGUGAGGGCCGUUCCCGCCCUCCGUCUCCCUACCCGCUGUCCUACCUCCCUUUGCAGCGGUGCCGGGCGGCACUAGCGGGAUAGCGGUUGUUGAAUGCUGGCCCCGGAGGAGUCGCCGCUGGGGGCCGAGCCAGCUGGAGCCACCGGGCGAGACAGACAUGGCUGAACGCCUUUCCUGGGAGCUCGGUGUCUGCACGGGUUAAGGAGUGCGGGGCGAGGUGGAAAAGUUGCUGUUGAGUUUCACUUUAAGGGACCAGACAGAAAGCAGCGAAAUGGAUGACUUCCGCUCCAUCUGCCUGCUGUCUCUGGCCAUGCUGGUCGCCUGCUAUGUGGCAGGAAUUAUCCCCUUGGCGGUCAAUUUUUCCGAGGAGAGAUUAAAGUUGGUGACUGUUCUGGGUGCUGGGCUGCUGUGUGGAACUGCCUUGGCUGUCAUUGUGCCAGAAGGAGUACAUGCACUUUAUGAAGACAUUUUGGAGGGGAAGCAUCACCCGGUGAGCGAGAUGCAGCAUGUGAUUGAGUCUGAGAAGGUAGUGGAAAUCCCGGUUGUACAUGAGCAUGGCCAUGACCAUUCCCGGUUGCACGCCUACAUUGGUGUGUCCCUUGUCCUCGGCUUUGUCUUCAUGCUGUUGGUGGACCAGAUAGGCAGCUCUCACAUGCACCCUACAGAUGAUCCAGAAGCUGCAAGAUCAGGCAACUCCAAAAUCACCACAACGCUGGGACUAGUAGUCCAUGCUGCAGCUGAUGGUGUUGCAUUGGGUGCAGCAGCUUCUACUUCUCAAACUAGUGUCCAGCUGAUAGUGUUUGUUGCGAUUAUGUUGCACAAGGCACCAGCUGCCUUUGGCCUGGUUUCCUUCCUGAUGCAUGCUGGGCUGGAACGGAAUCGAAUUAGAAAACACUUGCUGGUCUUUGCGUUAGCAGCACCUGUUAUGUCAAUGGUGACAUACUUAGGGCUAAGCAAGAGCAGCAAAGAAGCCCUUUCAGAAGUCAAUGCCACCGGAGUUGCUAUGCUGUUUUCUGCUGGGACUUUUCUUUACGUUGCCACAGUUCACGUCCUCCCAGAAGUAGGAGGAAUUGCUCAUAGCCACAAACCUGAAUCAACUGGAGGAAAAGGACUCAGUCGUCUGGAGGUGGCAGCCCUAGUAUUAGGAUGCCUUAUUCCUCUAGUUUUGUCCAUUGGACACCAUCACUAGAUGCUCUAAUUUCACUGUUCUCCUUGAUCUGACGUGAGCAGUAAAUGUUGGCUGCUCCCUUUAUCAUUGUCUCUUACCCAUCAUCCAUCCCAUCCACUUUAUGGAGUUCAGAGGGAACAUUGAUUACAAAAUGAGGAAUAGUGGGAAAGUUUGUAGUGUAGCAAAAUGUACUUUGGCAGCCAGACAUAAAUUCUAUGUAGCUUUCUUUUCUGAAGACAUUUGCUAUUUUAAUUGUUACUUCUGGCCCUAUUCUCAGGGAAGAUGGAAUUUGGAGUUUUAGAAAGGUGAGUGGGGAAGAACAUAGUGACUCAUCAAGAAACUGCAAUCACCAAAGUAUCCUGCAAUUAGCUUUCACAGCUGAGAGCAAAAACAAAGGAUGGCUGCCUUGUGAGAGGUUGAAGGCUUACUAAUGAAGAAGGGGACUGUCCCCCAUCAGUUCUAUGUUGUUCUGACUACGCAACUGGUCCUUGUAAUGUUUGUCACUAAUUGUAUUGCAAAAAUGGGCUACACUUAGAAUUCUGGACAACACUGCUAUUGUCACAGGGGUGUCGCUGAUAGGAAAGAAAUGAAGUAGACAAAGUGUAGGGUUCAAGUAGAAAAUCAGCUGGUUAAGAAAGUACAAAUGAAUUUUGCAGUAUAUUCCAUUAUAUAAGACAAAGGAUAGAAGCAAGGAGAAUAUAAUUUUGCUUGUCUAUGCAUAGAUUUUAAAAAGGCAGUAUUUCUUGGGAGAUGGUCUUCUGCCAAGGCAGUAAAGUGUAGGCACCGAAAAUGUUAGUGACAAUUAGGUAAUUGGGUACUGCGAUUACACUACUGCUACUAUUGAGAGAGAUAUCCAAUGUGUCCUUUAAAAUCGAGCUGUUCUGGACUUUGAGGAGUCAUUUUUGAAAGUGAAAUGCGGAAAUCUGGGGGUAUGUGGGUUUUUUUCAUUAAAUAAAAGGUAUUAAGGCUAACAAAACAAAUGUUUAGUUAAAUAUUUAUGCUGCAGAUAGUACAAAGUGUUCCUAAAGCAGUUCUAAGCAAAAAAAACCAAAAAACAACCCCAGCAAACAAAGACCAAACUGGUGGGUUCCAGCAGUCCUGUUAGGUAUUUUGCUUUUCAUUUGGGAGUGGGAAUUGUGAGUUUGCCCCUUACUGAUAAUCAUUAAUUCUGGUGAAUCUAUUGGAGGACUUAUUGCCUACUGCAGAUGCCUCUCACUGCAGAGAGUGAUAAAGACCCCUCCCUCCCUUUCCAGGGCACAGCCUUAUCUUGUCAGGCACCAUUUCUCUUAUGCAAAACAUAUUAUACACUAAUAACUGUAGUACAUUGAAAAAUCAGGAAUGCUUGACAUGCACAGACUCAACAUAAAAUACUUUCUUCAGGGGAAAACUUCUUAAUCCUGUACCCCUUUUUAAGCUAUACUCUGGCUGCACUUUUUAAAGAUAACAUUGCCAAAUAUAUUUUUAUUUUGAUUUUUUUGUUUGAAAUGGAUUUUCAGGGCUUGAAAUAUCUUCUUAACUGAAGUGCUUCUUGUUUCCAUUUGAAUGAGAGUGUUUGUUUUUCAUGCCAUUUAUUACUUAUACUACACAGGCCAUUGUGCAUCUAACUUCUUUACGUUUUUGUCUUUGUCCUGUUUGUCUACUAGUUCAAUAACAGGUAUGGCCUGGCUCUUGGACUAGUGAUUGCCUUGUCAGUUGGCUUUGUAACAAUACCGGUGUAUCCCAGGAUUGAACCUAGUAUUGAUCCUCAGGAGUGCUUGUUCAUUUGUGUGUUUUACUGUGUAAAAUCAAUGCAAAAUUGUUAGAAAUAGUCUCUUCCCACAAGACAGUGUUUUCAGACAGAAUUAGUGUAUCAGGUGUCAACAAGCAUUUUUGACAUUAGACUUUCAAAAGUUAAUUCUGUUCUGAAAAGCUACUGCAAAAUUAGUCACAUGGAUGAGAUCCUCUCUUGCACAUUCUUAAACCUUUUUUAACAUACAUAUGCAACCAGUAAGUUACCUAUUUAAAAAGUUCAGUGAUACAGAUUACAGCUACAUGCAAAUGAUACACAUCAUCUGAAUGUGAUAUAGAAGCAUCUGAAUAUUCCCGAUUGCCCCGUCAGUAACCUCUUCCUUGAUAAUUUCACUAUUUUACCUUGCUUUAUCUUUCCACAUAACUGAACUGUUUCCAAAAGCUGGAGAGGUUGCAAGAUCUGCAGCAGAAGCAGGAGAUAGCUUAGUGCAGCAUCAGGUUCUUAUAUUUCGUAAAACAGUAGUUUUUUUUUCUUCAAACUACCACCUGUAUGAUGGCACCCCACCCCACUAGUCAAGCUGGCAUCCUGACUGUGUUACACUAAUGCCUCAUUUUGUGUAUUACAAUAGCAACAGUUUAGGGAGGUGUGUAGGUAAGGUCCCAUUUCAUGCUUUUUGUUCCAGCCUGGGAGCAUGUGGAUAGUACCUUCUUAUAUGGAUGAGUGCAUACUGAUGAGGGUGUGACAGCCAGCCUUUUCACUGCUGACAUAACUUUUGGCGUAUUAAUCAUAAGAGGUGCCACUGCUGAGACAUCCUGUCUGUCUUUUCUCCUGUCCCUCAGAUCAUGUUUCCAAUUUUUGGGGCAGACACCAGAAAUAGUAACGCUCAGUUUAAUGAUACAUGAACUAUAGAGGCUAAGUUAUAGCAGCAGGUGAGAGAUUUUAAGUGAAAACAUUGGCAACUUAAAAUUGGCACAAAAAUUCUAAUACAUACUUUUCAUUUUGGCAUCAGUUAAGUGACAGAAGACUUCUGUGAUUUUUCCCUUCCUCCCCCCAGUUAGAAGCAGCAACAGCAUUUUCUUUUGGCUGUGUCUGUUAUUGGGUUGAAUUAUUAUUUUCAAUUCUGUAGCUGAAACUGCAGGGACUAAGGAAGCUUUUGGUUAUGUGAUAAGGAGAAUAUGAAAUUUUAAAUGAUUAAACCUUUCCAAAUUGUUGGUUCCACAAGGAGGAUGAUUUUCUUGAGGGAGAGUAUUUUAAUGAAUUAAAGUAGUCCAUUUCAUCAUAUCCCCUUUUUUACCUAUAUCCCCAUCUGGCACCAUAAAUGCAAGUACUGCCUGUAGUCUGGGCUAUCUGGUAUAAUUUUCUGUUCCUCAGGGGACCUUGGUACAAACAAAUUCCUCUUACUCUCUCUGUAAUAGCCAUCUCUGCCUGUGUUUUCUGUGAGGUAGGUGGCAGCAGGUCUAGUAGGUAAUGCUUUAAACCAAGUGCCAGCCACAUCCCUCUUCUGUAAAUCUUUCUAGGAAAUCUAUAAUCUUUUUAUCAGGUUUUUUUUUUUUUAGUUAAUGACUUCUUAGUUGGGAUAGGAAUUGGACUGAAGCUGUUCCCAUUGAAUUCCAGUGUGUUCAGGUACUUUCUCUACUGUUCUAAUUCUGGUAUAAAGGGAAAUAUUUUUUCAGCACCUGAUGACAGAUGCAGAAGCUGCACUGACAUUAACUUGAGUGAGGAUGGCUGAGCUGUCACACCAAUACAGGAAUUGUUGAUAGUUGUGGCAUGUCAGAUGGCCGGGUGUUAAACACAGAAACCCUCUGUUAACUUUAAAGAACCAUUUCCAGUUGGACUGUGUGAAAGGCUAAUGUUAUCCAGGAGACCCAGGAAAAUGACUUUAUUUAUUCAGGAACUAGUUCGGAGCCUUCAAGGAGCUUUUGACAGUAGCAGAUGUGUCCGUGUGGUGUCAGCUCUGCAGAAUGAGAGAUGGUGUGGAAUAAAUGUUGCUUUGUUCCCUUCCCGUUCUAUGCUGGGGCUUGGGAAGAAGAAGAAGAAGAAGAGGAAGGAAGUCUAUUUUAUUCUGUUGGGGGUGGAAGGAGGAGGAGCGGUUGUGGUAUGGUGGGACAAUUUAUGAUGAAUUUCAGAUUCCUGUUCACCUCCAACUUCUUUUAAAAUUAAAAUAAAUCUUUUUUUUUUUCUUCUUACUGUCCUUUUAUAACAUCUCUUAGCAGCCUUGGCUUUCCAGGGAAAACCAUUGUGUGGUCAUUGCUGUUUACUUGACUCCAUGUAUGGAACUGUAAUUUUAAUGUCUCUUUUUUUUUUUUCAAACCAUUUGUACACAAAUCAUUCCAUGAGUGGCUGCCUUAUUUUUCCACUUUAAUUGUGAAUGGUUAAAAUAAUGUUGCUGUUCUCAAUUUGUUUUAUUAUAUUAAAUUUUUACUAGGUGCA